AUGCCGGAAGAGCAGGCCUUUGCUAAAUUCCGGAUUCCCGGGUCACACAUCUUCUUUGCAUCGCCAAGCGGCUUGAGCGUGGCCUUUGUCAACUUGAAGCCGCUCGUUCCUGGCCAUGUCUUGGUCACACCACGGCGGGUGGCGCCGAGACUUGCGGACCUUUCUGAGGAGGAGUUCGACGACCUCUUCUGCACAGUUCGCGUGGUGCAAGCUAUGGUCGAACGUUACUACGGAGCAGAGGCUUCGCGACUUGGCAUUCAGGAUGGUCCUGAUGCUGGGCAGUCAGUUCCCCAUGUCCAUGUGCACAUCCUCCCCAUUCCCUCACAGCCGGUCGACUCGACGCUCUAA